AUGGAAGGAAGAAAAAGUGUCGCAAACAAUUCGUCGACUACCUCUGCAGUUAAAGUUCCUUCAACUUAUGUCUCACCAUUCUCAAAACCCUUACGACCUCCUAUAAUACCAAAGCAACUUCCUCAUACAAUUCAAGACAAAUUGUCCAACAAUUUGAGUUCUUCUUCUUCUCAAAACACAACAGAAACAUCUGAAACAGUUGUCCAAAUAGCACCAGAACAAGUUUCACAUAGUUCUACAAUUCAAGACAAAUUGUCCAACAAUUUGAGUUCUUCUUCUUCUCAAAACACAACAGAAACAUCUGAAACAGUUGUCCAAAUAGCACCAGAACAAGUUUCACAUAGUUCUACAAUUCAAGACAAAUUGUCCAACAAUUUGAGUUCUUCUUCUUCUCAAAACACAACAGAAACAUCUGAAACAGAUUUACAACCAAUAGAACAAGAUAUAGUCUCUCAAACUACAAGUAUGUUAACAAGAGCACAAUUUCAAGAUUUAAUUUCUCUUGAACAAUAUUCGAGUAACGAAAUACAAAGCGACGACUGUAACCUCUCGCUACCCGAAUCCAUUCAAAGAAAAUACGCCAUGAAAAGACUGAAAUUGUUGUAUAAACUUCUUAACAAUUGGGGGUCGAAAACAACUCAGAUUAUAGUGAAAUGUUUAACAAAGUCAUAG